ACAACAACCUAUAACAACUCAGCGGUGUCGCGUCAUCGUGUGCUAGAGAAAGUGUAUCAGAUAAUAGUGUAAGGUUGUAAUGAAAUAGAAUAUAAUCCUCGUACCCAAGUGAGUGUUGCUAGACAACAUGUUGUUUGAAAAAUCAUAUCAAUCUCACAUAAUCCAAGAAGAACUAAACAGCACAAGGAAAACUAAAAAUUCUCAGUCGAUGAAAAAAGAUGGGAGCUUUAACAUAACAAAAAAAGCUAAAAAAUAUUUGGUACUGUUUAUGAAGACUUCUUCAAUACAUGGAUUGAAUCACAUUGUGGCAGCCAGAAGACAUCCUUUAGAGAUUCUUCUUUGGCUGAUAACUGUGGGUCUUUGCGCAUUCGGUUCACUCUAUCUCUCCCAAACGACAUGGAGCAGGUAUCAGUCCUCUCCCACUGUCAUCUCUAUGGAUAGAGAUAUGUUCGCUUGGAACACCACCUUCCCUUGCGUGACGAUUUGUCCUGAUAAUGUAUUGGAUGAGAAGAAGCUUGCUAUUUAUCUCAGAUCCUUCAAAGAGGAGGACAAGUCCACACUAGAAGCCUUUAUUAGAGGUCUAUCAAAUAUAUCCUAUGAAAACUUUAAUACGGUUCCAAUUUAUGACGGCAUUCCUUCAGAUAAGUACUUGGAGCUUAUUCUUAAUUUCACAACAACAUUCAAACCUACCCUGACUAUAGGUGUGACUGGUGUAACUUUGGGAAUUGUGCCCACAAUAACUGAGAUGGGACUCUGUUAUGCUGUGAACUCAAAAGUGGCUGUCUAUAAUUCGCCAGAAUAUAGGUCCGCUAAUAGAUGGGACAUAAUAAAGAAACCGAAUGAAACUUUGUUUAUACAUCCCUUAGACGGUGAAGUAUAUGCUCAAGUUAUGAACUUAUCGACUGGGUACAAAGUCUACAUCCAUGGCCCGUCUGAAGUACCAGAUGUAGCGACAAAGAACAUGUACUCAGAGAAAGAUUUUUAUCUCAAACUGUAUGUUACUGCUGUAGCUAUAUACACAACUUCAGAUGCAGCGGAACUGAGCAUCUCCCAACGUCGCUGUCGCUUCCCCGAAGAGAACAAUCUUCUGCACAAUUCGAUAUACUCCUACACCAUGUGUCGGAUGGAAUGUAGAAUUCGACUCUGCUUAAAAUACUGCAGAUGUAUUCCGCAUUUUUAUAGGAAAAUUGGGGACGAACGAAUAUGUGAUGUAAAAGGACUACAAUGCUUAUCAAAGUACAAAGAUGAACUCACCAAGCUAAGACAGAAAAACGGUAUGAAGAUAGACUGCGGUUGCUAUCCAUUGUGCGAAGACAUUAAUUAUGUCCUCCAAUCUAAUGCUCUACAACCUUGGUUUUUGGGGACGAAUUUCCAAUGGGGCAUGGUGACCUACCCUCGAAUGCGAUACAGACGUGAUAUUAUCUUUGGCUUCACUGAUGUAUUGGUGGCUGUCGGAGGUAUGGCUGGUUUAUUUCUAGGAUGCAGUGUGCUCAGCUUCAUGGAAAUCCUUUACUUCUUAACAUUGAGACUUGUCUGUUAUGCUAAAGUAAAAUAAUAAGACAUACAAAGGGUAUUAAGCUAUUGCAUAGCUUUUAUCGGCUUUGAGCGCGGCGACCGAAUCAAGAAAUUCCGUAACGAAAAUAAAACCUAACACCCCCACUCCGCCUACCAUGUAGCUCGCGUUCAACACAUUCACACGUUGCGCUUGUGUAGUGUUUGUUAAUAAGCGCGCGGCGUAACGUCGCACUGCAUGCGCAUCAUGAAAAGUCUGCCCAUCUCUCUCUUGCGCGGUCUAGCUUAUGAGUGUGAAGGAGACAGUUAAUGUUUUGCUUUUGUUAAUGUUUAUAAAUAUAGCGUGGUCUUAUUUUAUUAUUGUUUUAAUAUUAAACUAUUAUAGCCUAAUUAUAAUUGCAUAAGUUGAUAAAAAUGCUAUACAAUAGCUUUACCGCGGCAGUCCCCGAGUGCCA